AUGCUUUACCUACCAGACUUUAAACUGAUUUUGACCAAUCUGGAUAAAGCACUUGCUUCUGGCCUUCAGACGACAGCUAUGGUGGAAUAUCAUCCUAAUAAGAAUGAAGACACUUUUGACCAACUUCUUAUUUCAGUAGGAAAUAAAACAGUAGAGAUCCCUCUAAUUGGGUUGAUUCUAUCCUGUCAACUGGAAAUUGAGUCAGAAGUUAAUUUUGGGACAUUGGUUGCCAAUAGUAAAGUAUAUUGUAAAGAGAUUAAUAUCAUUAACCAUGGCAGAGUACCAGGUAUGUUUAAAACAGAAUACCAGGGCCAGUUACCCAUUGUCACUUUUCCAACCAGUGGUAUUGUGCAGCCCAAGUCAUCAAUGGUUAUUAAAGUGGCAGACUGGCCGAUAAUUGUAAAUGAAGUGGCAAAAGUGAGUUUGCGAGAUCGUCCAGACAUAUUCUUGAAUGUCAAAGCUCAUGUUGUUGAGCAGAUUAUUGAAUUGUUAAACAUGAGUAAUGAUAAAAAGUUGGAAGGCAUAAGCUUUGGUCCUGUUUUCUUUGGAAUGUCAAAGAUUGAACAUGCACUUCUAUACAAUAAUAGCCCAGAACCUAUAAAUUGGGUAGCCAUAAUGUAAGAUGAUUCUGUUGGAGAAGAAUUGGGUACAAAUAUUCAACAAAGAACAGAUGUUGCUUUAAAUAAUCUAACCUACUUAAGGAAAAUAAAGAACAUAGAUAUUACCACAUUUAUCUCCUAUGUUCCUAAUGAAGGGAGGUUACAGCCUUAUCAAAAGAUUUUAAUUACAUUUUGUUUCAGCCCAAAGCUAAUCAUUAAUGGUCAAAAGGAUGAUCCUUCACACAGGCAAGACUAUGCUCUCUUUUUGAGAUUUGAGUCUGUAGGAAGUAAAGAUGGAUUUUUGAGAGAUGAUAACAAUAAAACCAUCAAAAGUGAUCGAUUUCAGAAAGUGGAAUUAGCCCUGACAGGCUCAGGACUUCCUGUCUUAUUACAGUUUGAUCUGGGAAGGGUCCUUAAUUUUGCACCUUGUUUCAUGGGUGGACGUUCAGAGAUUCAGUGUAUUAUGCAAAAUCGAUCCAAAUCACGUCCUGUGAUGUACCGCUUUAAAAAAACUGCACAUUUUAAAGUUGAUCCUCAAAAGGGCAAGAUUGAUGAAGGAUGUAUGCAGAAUGUGGCAUGUUUAUUCAUUCCACAUCAAGUUGGAGUCUUUAAAGUGAAGCAAUUUAUAGAGAUUAUUGGCUCAGUGACAGAUGAAAAUUUGCAGUCUUCGUCCCUGAAGCCUUUCCAUCAGAUACGUUUAUAUUUCAGUAGUGUCUGCAAACCUUCCACCAAGAAAGUUGUGAUGAAAAUUAAUCCUGGUAUAUCCCCUUUGAUCAGUAAUCCUGUGGGACAGUUUGUGGUGAAAGACUUGGCAAAAUACAAGGACCAUGUACUUGUCGCAAUGCUUCAAUCAACCACGACACACAUUCACAAUCAUAACACAAGUAAGGAGUUAAUAAAGGAUGCUCUGAUAGCCUUUCCCAAUGACUGAGCUGCAAGUAUCCGGUCUGGAGAAGAGCAUAAACAUUUCAGGACGAUUUUCACAAAGAUUCCAAGAUAUAACUAUGUGGAUCCUGAUUUUGCAUAUAUUAAAUUUGAAAAAAUAGAAAAGAAAGCACAUGAAAAGCAUUAUGCAGGAUACAUUAAAUAUUUAAGAAAUGUGCACCUGCAGAAGGAAGAACAGAGGAAACACAUGUACUCAUAUAAUGAUACAGACAUAGGAUUACAGCCAGCAUCGGGUCUAAAGUCACCCACAUUCUCAGAAGCAGAAAUAGAAGAGUUAUCUUCAGCACAGCAUUGGAUCAAGUGUAACCAAUUGCUAAGUACCAGAAAUAUAGCAUCCACGGAGACAAAGUCUUUGAGAAGAAAGGUUCUCAAAGGACUUAAAUCAGACCCAUCCUCACCCCAUGAAAAACAUGAUUGCAGCUUAAUCUUGACACCAAAGCAAAUUCAUCAAGUAAUUGUUGGGCUCUCUGUCCUUAACUUUGGUGAUGUUUGUGUGAACUCAACAAAUACUCGUCUAUUACAUGUUAUUAAUAUGCUGCCUAUUCAUAUUUUGAUCCAGUUAGAUGUCAAUUUGCAAGAAGUUCGGAAGACCAACCAAUUUUCAUAUGUGAUUCCACCUACAGCUAGUACUUCUGUUUCAAUGAUAUUUGAAUCUCCCACCAUUGGAAAAUUUUGGAAGUCUUUCAUGUCAGUGAACAAUAUGCCUGGUGGGCACAUCCUAGUGAUGGCAGUUGUCUUGCCAGUAAAACUUGAGCUAUCUGCUAAUGAGCUAGUACUGAGACCACAAGGCUUCUUGGUGAAAACAUGUUUUAGGGGGAUGGUUAGGUUGUAUAAUCAUCAGAAUUAUUUUGUCAAAUUUGAAUGGCAACUGAUAAAUACAGGAAAAGGGAUGGCAUUUUCCAUUUGUCCAGCUAAAGGCACUGUUGAGCCAUAUUCCCUAUUGGAAUGUGAAGUGACAUGGCAGCUGGGAUUUGAUUCUCCGGAAAGGGGAGAAUUUAUUCUUCACAUCAAUGAAGGAAACACGCUGACACUGAAAUGUCUUGCACAUCUUGGUCACACCAAGGUCGUUCUUUUAGAGCCAAGGAUACUCUUCAGUGAUAGCCCUCAAGGUUUAACAACUUGGAGAAAAGCCAUUCUUCACAAUGUAGGACCAAACCAUGCUUAUUUCAAGGUUUGUGACCAGAGUCUUUUGUCUGUGAUUGAUGUUGUUCCAUCACAAGGAAUCAUUCCAUUGGGGGGGCUAACUGUUCUCAAUACCUCCUGUACUCCUACUGUAGCAGGAAAAUUUGAUACAGGAGCAAAGAUUGCUAUUCACCGUGCAAAAGACAUAGAUCUUAGGACUGGUGGAUCUAUUGAGAUUGCUGAUGUUGAAAUCAAUCCUGAUGUAUUUAACUUCAGUGGCACCUAUGUUGGCGUUACCCAGAUUAUUCCAUUUUUAGUAAAAAGCAAAGGUAUAACACGUGCCAGAGUAGCGUUUAAUCUGCAAGACUUUGAAGGUUUUUCUAUGGAUUUUAAAGACAAAUCAGGGGAAUUCACAGACACUACAUUUCCUGACAUAUAUUCCUUGGAGUUAGAGAGAGAGACAUCUCUGGAGUGUGGCCUAGCAUUUUCUCCCAAAGAAGUGGCAACUUACGACUUUAGCAUUCAAGUUCGAAUUAAUUUCUUUGCAGCUUCAGAACUUUACACUCAGUGUUGUUUGUCAGACUCUCCUAUGAUUCCAAAAACAGCACCACUUAUUCGACCAUGUUACGUUCAAGCUACUGUGUUGCAAGCACCAGUGACAUUUUCCAGCACUGAUUUUAUAGUUGAAAUCCCAUUACAUACUAUGGAUCCUAAUAAAAGUGUCACAAAAACUCAGGAUCUUGUUUUACAUAAUACUUCAAAAAAAGAUUUAGAGUGGAAUUUGGAUACUAGUAAUACUGGUAAACUUUUCGAAGAUGGCAUAUUCAAAUUUAGCAUACUCAGUGGGACUCUGCGACCAAUUGAAGAGUGUAAUGUUUCUAUAAAUUUCUGUCCAGAACAGCCUAGAAAAUACACAGCUGAUAUUCCUAUACAUUUAAAUGAUAAUCCAGUUUGCUAUCGAAUGUUAUGUCUGGUUGGAGAGGUAAAAUUACCCAAGUUAUUGUUUGACCCUCCUUUCAUAUUUUUUAAUCCUGUUCCUUUGGAUGUAACAACUGUGAUGGAUGUCAACAUUUUACCUCAAAACUAUUUCAGGGAUUCAAUUUUCAGUGUCCAGAUUUCCCCAACAAGGCUUCUUGAUGGUGACGUGAUUCAACCUCUUUCUGUGAAUUUUCCAAAAGGCAGAGUCGUUAUGUGCUCUCCCAGUGGAAUUAAUGCUGCGCUCACCUGUCAUCUCAGCUUCAAAUCAUCUAAACCUGUGUCAUUUUUCACCAGUGUUCUUUUCUGCGAUAGCAGGGGCUCCUCUCAAGAACUGAACUCCAUGCCUCCAUCCUGGGAGUUUAGUGCUCAAGGAGCAUGUAUUUCUCAUGUACUGCCAGAAUUUCUGCUUGAACCAGAAGAUUGUAAGAAGUGUAUUGAAAUUACAUCUUCCACUAAUACCUUGCCCAAGUUUUCCAAUAUACCUAAGGAAAAGCAUUCUAUUGUUACAGAUAUUACAAAGUUUGAAACCUGGAGUAAACGGGCAUGGACAGAUGUAUUCCUUCAGACAUACAAGGUUCUGGUACUAUACCGAGUUAUACCACAUAGCAUCAAUAAUCUGCGCCCUGUACAUGGACAAAAUUCACCAAAAGUCAAUCCUUGUUUUGCAUCCAGCAACAUAUAUUCUAAUCCUGAAAGGAUUCUGCUUAGUUUGAUGAACACAAAUUAUGAGAACAGCUGACAUGUUAUUUGGAAAAACUGUCCCAAAGUUUUCUACCCUGCCGAGGCUCCCCCUUUUCCCCCUAAUAAUCUCCUCCCCAGGCACCUUUAUUGGUUAGCCUUACUGCUUAUUGACAGAACAAGAAAGAAUAAACCUUUGUGUUCUUUCAAAGAAGGAAAAGAAUGUUUUCAGGAAUGUGGACUAGCAGAUGAUCAAAGGGGCUGUCAUUAUUCUGUGGCUACUGAUAUCUGUGAUCCCAAUCCAAUCCUGAUGCUCAUGUUUUGUGUCUGCAUGUAUGAAAGACUUCCUGCAUAUCUCCCCAAGAAGGUGGUGCCCUUUCAUUGUACUCUUCAUGACACUGUGUUGAGAGAGAUCCUACUGAAAAAUUCAAGCUUGAAAAACUUAGUGUAUAAUGCUACAAUUAUUGGAAGAGAUGCCACUGACUUCUUCCUCUCCCAAGGGAAGGUUGUGACAGUUUCUCCAAAGUAAAAACCAAAUUACUGUUUGGUUUGAACUCUGAAAUUUACCAGUCGCUUCCUCCAUCCUGCUGAAGCUUCACUGCUAUUAAUUUCAAAACCUAAGAGUGGAGCAGGAGGUACUAUGCUGACUUUUGCUCUCAAGGGUGAAGUCCUCAAUUUUAAAGCCAUCGCAAGUAUAAAAUGCAAAUCUCCGUGUUAUAAAUGGAAAGAAAUCAUUGUGAAUGUUAAAAAUCCCUUCCACGCUGCUGGGAACUUCAGUGUCAUUUUUGUGGAAUCCUCAACAUUUAUCUCUUUGCCAUCCCAAUUAACUGAAGUUGGAGAAUUUGUUGACCACAUGAAUGAUGGCGGUGCUGUGAGUAGCAGUGAACAUGAUGUUGCUGAGGGCUGUUCCCAGGCCCCAGAUGCCUUAAAAACCUUAAUUAAGUCCAAUUUCAUCAAAGAGUUCUUCUGCUCUACACAUACUCUUCACCUGGGAGCGAAAGGGACUUCAAGCCUGGAGGUCUUCUUUCUCCCCUUUGGCAUGCACACCCGCUACUGUGUCAUCAUCCUCAGCGACAAAAAGAUUGGAGAAUUAAUAUAUGCUUUGGAAGGAAGAGGUAUGAUCCCCUUGCCUUCCAGAUUCUUUCCAAUGGAUUCUUCAACUCCGCUUGACCAUAGCAGUUCUCCAGAAGAAGUGCUUAAUAAGGAAGAUCCAGUUCUGUAUUUGAAAUGUAAGCUCCGUCAAAUCCUGGAUGUGGACCUUAAAUUGCCACUGACUAAUGAAGCCAAGGAGAAGGCCUUGGCUUUUGCAGCACAGCAGCAGAUGUCGAAGAUAGAGUAUGAGAGAAGGUUGAUCACGGGCACUCUGGAGAGCAGUAGCAUCCGCUUGGCCAUCACCCUCCUGGGGCUGACCAAGAUCAAGAUUUGUAUGCUCUUUAAUAUCUCAAAGUUGAAGAAGCCAAAGUCCAUUUUAUACAAAACAGAGCUGAGCCUUCCAGAACAUUUUGAUAUCCCCAAGACAAUCUGCAUUCCUUGGAUUCCGGAAACUCAAGCUAAAUUGAUUCAAUAUCAAGGAACUAAAUCUGCAGAAAAAACAGUUACAGAUGGAUCUGUUCCAGUUCGUUUACGAUUUGUUCCUCUCAGUCCUGGACGCUACCCUUGUAAAAUCUUGUUGACAUCAAGGUAUGAUGUGCAUGUCUAUUGCAUUGAAGGUGCGGUAAAUGAAGAAUGUCCAGAGGCCAGAUUUGAUUUUGAAACACCAGCAUUUGAAGCCCUUACCCAGAAUAUUCCAAUAAAUAAUAAAACAAAGAAUGAAUGGAAAUGUCAAGUUACUAUAGAAGGAGAAUGGUUUUAUGGACCUCCUGUUUUACAUGUUGGACCAAGUGAGACUGUGAAUUAUCCUCUCACAUUCAAACCUAUUUUGGAAUGUGAGAUUAUGGGCAAACUUACUCUACAAAAUGAAGUAGAUGGUAUGGAGCAUAUCUUUGACAUAAAAGGGAUUGGAAAAAGACCGCUGGCCUUGGAACACAUCACCGUAGACUGUCAAGUGGGGGAGAUAACAAAUAAACCCAUAAUGAUGCCCAAUUAUACAACAAGCAUCCUAACAUUUAAGGUAAGAUUUUGUUUAGAAAUUCUCUGGUCCGCCUGCCUACACAUCACCAUAGACCCUGAUAAUGCAAUACUCUAUAUUCUACACAUAUGUCCUUGGAAACGUGGUGUAUUCAAAGGUACAAUUUCGUUUUCCGUUAAAAGCAGGAAAAAUGGUGAUUCUCAGGAAGACUCAAAUGAAGAUAAAGAUAGAGAUCUAAUACCCUCCUUUGAGAAUCCAUCAGAAAGAAUGUGCUAUGUUUUUUUUCUUUUUUCAGAUGAUGCUAUUAGCAGUUUACAAAUCUGGUAUUAUCUUGAAAUCCAUAGUGCUCCUGGACCACCCUUAAACACUAUUGAAGUGAAAUGUAUUGCUCUGGAGAGUGUUUGUAUUGAAAUACGUCUCUUUAAUCCAGAAGAGAAAAUUAUUCACUUAAAUGUGCAGUUAUCGAGUGCUGCCGUUAGUGGACUCAAGGAACUUGUACUAUUUCCACUAGAUUCUCUCAACUGUGUUGUACGGUAUUCUCCAGCGACUACAGGCUAUAGAGAACAAAGGUUUGUCACUCAGAUAAUUCCUUUAGAUAAUCCUACACACGAAACCUUAGAAUUGGAAGCAACAAACAGUAAUCCUGAUAAUUUUGUCCUGGAGAUUAACAGAUCACAGCUGAUCACACCACCUCACUCCACCAAAGACAUAUCUGUUCACUUUCGUCCUUCUGCUCUUGGAUGAGCUGGUCAUCAGACUUCUGUCACCUUCCACUGUGCUCAGUUUAAAGAAUGGAUAUUCUACAUCUCUGGAAUAGGACUAUUCCCCCAGCCUCUAGAAAUAGAAAGAAUGACCACAUACCUUCGUCUUCAAUCACCUGUUCUUAUACCUUUCCAAAAUCCCACCAAAGAAGAUGUUUUAAUCGAUAUCAUACUAAUAGGUCAGGGGAAGCACAAGUGUCUCGUCCUGGCUCCAUACUGGGACAGCUUCCUCGUAGAGACUUCUGCCUUCAAGCUUAGUGGUCUGAGUCACACAAAAGGAAUUGCAUUGCCUCCUAAAGGGACUGUAGAUAUCCAGGUGUUAUUUGUGCCCCAGGUUAUGAAAUUACAAAAAACAAUGGUCAUUGUUCAAAUGAAGAAGGCAAGUGGAGAAAGGUGGCCUGUUGACAAUUUUAAAGAAUUGCACACAGAGGUGAAAAGAGCUUUGGGGAUAGACAGUGAAGAAAUCCCAGGAAUAUGCUGGAUAUACCCUAUUCUUGGAUUCCCACAGGCACCACAUCCUAAAUUCCCCCAAGUUGUCAUAAAAUGUCAGUCCAGGAAGUGGGUAGAAGAGGAGGUGGAAGUCACAUUGGAUGGAGAUUUUUGGGGACAAAAUCCUAUCUUAGAUCUGACAGACUUUGUAGUGAUUCCAAAAAGAAAAUCAUAUGAUUCUUAUGAAGAUAUCAAAGAUAUACCUGUAAAACGUGAAUUUGAAUAUGAAAUUCAAUUUGAAUCUGAAGCUGUGAAGGCUAAUUUGGAAUCCUGUGUGGCUUUAUAUUACAUUAAAAAAUCUUAUAAUAUCAAGGCUGAAAGGGUAACAUUGGUCUUCAGUCUGAUAUUUGCACCAAAGAAACCACUGAGAAAUCCCGAGCCAUUCACGGCAUACUUCCUACCUGGCAGUGAUCCUGAGUUUUUUGUAACACCUCAGGUUGGAGAACUUCUUCCUUUUGACACUGAAGGAACUCUAAUCGUUGUGGGUUUUAAACCCAAAAUGUACAGCAGGAAAUACAAAGCAACGUUAGCAAUACAGCUGAGAAGUUUCCCUAAUACAUCUCAGGUUACUGACCACAUGAAUCCCAUGUCUCCAGGCAGCCAGCAGGGCCCUGCUCCCUUUGUGUUCCCAUCUGCUAAGAUUUCAAGGGGAUGA